AUGGGUUCAGACCCCAGAGAUGUAUGUGUUGUUGGGGUUGCACGCACCCCUAUGGGUAGUUUCCUUGGUGGCUUGUCUUCCUUGCCUGCUACGAAACUUGGCUCUAUAGCAAUUGAAGCUGCUCUGAGAAGAGCAAAUGUCGAUCCAUCCCUUGUGCAGGAGGUCUUCUUUGGCAAUGUCUUGAGUGCUAACUUGGGGCAAGCUCCUGCAAGACAAGCUGCUUUAGGUGCAGGGAUACCAAAUACGGUUGUUUGCACCACAGUCAACAAAGUUUGCGCAUCUGGCAUGAAAGCGACCAUGUUUGCUGCGCAAUCAAUUCAACUGGGAAUCAAUGACAUUGUUGUGGCAGGUGGGAUGGAAAGCAUGUCGAAUGCUCCGAAAUACAUCGCUGAAGCUAGAAAAGGAUCUCGUUUCGGACAUGACAGCCUCGUUGAUGGCAUGCUUAAGGAUGGCCUUUGGGAUGUAUACGGUGAUUGUGCCAUGGGAGUGUGCGCUGAGCUUUGUGCUGACAAUCAUGCCCUGACAAGGGAAGACCAGGAUGCAUAUGCUAUUCAAAGUAAUGAGCGUGGAAUUGCUGCUCGUGACAGUGGUGCUUUUGCAUGGGAGAUUGUUCCGAUUGAAGUUCCUGUUAGUAGAGGGAAACCUGCAGUACUUGUUGACAAAGAUGAGAGCCUAGACAAGUUUGACGCAGCCAAGCUGAAGAAGCUACGACCAGCAUUCAAGGAGAGUGCUGGUACUGUUACUGCUGGAAAUGCUUCUAGUAUAAGUGAUGGUGCUGCAGCAUUAGUAUUGGUGAGUGGGAAGAAGGCUCAAGAACUUGGAUUGCAAGUCCUUGCAAGGAUCAAGGGAUUUGCCGAUGCAGCCCAAGCUCCUGAACUAUUUACCACUACCCCAGCACUUGCCAUACCAAAGGCUCUCAAUAAUGCUGGCCUAGAGUCCUCUCGUGUUGAUUUUUAUGAAAUCAACGAAGCCUUUUCGGCUGUUGCACUUGCAAAUCAAAAGCUUCUCGGAAUUCCUUCAGAAAAGAUAAAUGUACAUGGAGGAGCUGUAUCUUUAGGACACCCACUUGGGUGCAGUGGUGCUCGCAUUUUGGUCACCCUUCUUGGUGUUCUUAGGGAGAAGAGUGGCAAGAUCGGAGUUGCUGGUGUCUGCAACGGCGGUGGCGGUGCAUCUGCGCUCGUUAUGGAGCUCGCGUAA